AUGACUGAGUUCUGGGUUUGUUUCAGCUGCUGCAUUGCAGAGCAGCCACAGCCUGUGAGUAUGACAUCCAUUUGGAAAACAAAUUGAUUGGAUUUUUUUUUCUCUUAGCUGCUUUGUUUAAAGUCAAAACAGGAACUAAAGCUGUUGUAGAGAGAGUAGAGGUUAAUAAACAGAGUAGUUUUCCCAGUGUGAAGGAGUGCGCUGUCUUACGCUUCCUCCAAUUUAUCCAAGCUGUUGAUAUUCACAGGUUUCUUCAAAAACAUGAUUGUUUCCAACACUGACAAAAUAAAUAUUACAUCCCCUUUUUAUUACAGAGGUAAAAAAGCAGGAGAGUCUCAGGCUAACCACAUCCCUCUGUCUGACAGAACACCAACUUAGAUCCAGUCAGGUUCUUUGUGGCAGCAAACAACCAGCUGUUGUGCUCACUUCAAGUCAGCCAGGCUGACUGCCUACAGAUAAGAUAAUAAGAAUUGUGAAAGUUGACCCCUGUCUUAAUUUUAGCUGCACAGCACAGGGUCCAGAGGAUCAACAAAAGUGCAAAGAGUGGGAUUUUUUUUUGGCUUCUGCUUUUCUCACCGUCAGUCAAUGUGAUUAGGAGUAUUAACUGACAGAUUUUUGGGAAGUAAGACCAGGUUUCUAAACAAAAGUCUGUGUUUCUGCUAUUUGUUCACAGAAACGGCGGCGACGGAUUGAUCGCUCAAUGAUUGGCGAGCCAACAAACUUUGUUCACACAACACAUGUAGGCUCGGGAGACAUGGGCGGAUUGGCAUCAGUGGGUCAUGUUCUUCCAAAGUGAAUAUGCAUCUACCAGUGUAAACAAGUAUAUGAGUGUGUCAACUCUACCUUAACUUUUCUAGGUGGACCUUGUCCAGGCCAAGAUGAAAUCUAAAGGGGGCUACGGGCAUGGAGAGUCUGAAGGUUCGCAGUUAUAACAAGGUGAUACUUUUACUUUUUUAACCAUUUCUUCUUGAAAAACAAGAGGUUUUGCUUUUCCACAAGCAUUGAAGCACAUCUUAGACCUGUUUCACUUUACUUUCUUGGCAUUUUAUCAUUUUAUUUAAAUUAAAUAGUUUCAUGUGACUGGUUGGAGACGUUUUGAGUAAUACAGAUUUUUAUAUCAAAUGGAAAAACAAAUCUUUUAGUUGACAUUUCUACUGAUUGUUGCUGACUCAACUCCUCUCGUGCAAGAGGAUGAGCAUAAUAAAUUGUAACAGACUAUGUUCACAUAUAUCAACCAGCCUGUCUGGUGUGGUUUUGAAAGGAAACUGGUGAAAUGCCACCCAGAUCAGCAUGUGUUCUGUGCUUUAGAGUCAUGUUUCAUUAGAGGAAUUCAUCCUUUACUGCAGAACAGAAUAGAAUAUUAUUUCCCCUUUGACCAGCUUUGCUGUGAUGAUGAACACAAUCAUUUUCCUCAUCAAGUUACACCUGUCAGUCAAAUUACAGUCCAUCUUGAAUAGUGGAAAAGUGUGUCUUUUCACCCUGGACUGGACUUUUGGUUUGGGGGGUGAUACUGUGUUUUAUUUCCCUCAAAGAGCAGAUUUACUCCUGACAUUAUUACCUGUCUUGGUCUGUGUUCUAUUCUGUCUCUUAGUUUUUUAGUCAAUCUUUAAUUGCUGGACAGAUUCAGCUCAAGAUUAGCAAACUAGUUUUGAAUGUACAGACUAGAAUAGGAAACAGACUGGGGUCAGCACUCUGGAGCCUGCUCGCCUGAGCUCCAGAGCUUCAGCUUUGAAGACUGAUCCUCGAUAGUAAAAUGGUGUUGUCUAAUGGAUUUCUUAAGUGAGUUUGUAUAAGUUGGCCACAGUUUUCUAUAGGCAGGGUCAAUUUCUGUCAUGUAAUCCAGCUAAUUUUGAGUAACUCCCUCCCCAGCUGAUGUCUUGAUUAUUAUGUACGCCUACUGAGGAUUUAUUAGUGCUUUACCAUCAGAAAGCCCGUACCUUUUUGCAGUAUUUGUGGAUGUUACACAUACAUGUUCUUCUAGCUGCUGUGUGAUCAGCUUAUAGGGUCUAUGCUGUUCUGAUAGACUGUGACUAUUGAUAGACACAGCAGUAGAGUUCGUAAUGUCACCUCAGCCUUCUCCCUUAACUGCUGACAGUGUAUUUGGAUGAGGUAAUCGUAUCAUGUUGGGCAUGGGUGGUGCCAUGCAAGGAAAACAACAAGAGCCAAGAACUCUGACUAACAUUUGGCUUCUGUGGUUUCUUGAUUUAACUCCUGAGUGCCUAAAGAGAUAUUCCAGUGUAAGUUGAAGUCAUGGUCAAACACACCGGCUCUGGUUAGCAAGUGAGUCCACCUGCAGCUGCAUGUCAACCUUUAGUAUAUUCUGAAGAUCCCAAGGUACUGUGGUUACCAAGACCACUCAUGACAGCAUGUAGUUUUCUCAGUUUGUGGGCGUUAGCUUGCAGUUUUCACUCAUGCGCCAUCAGGUAACUUGAUCAUCAGAUCCCUCGUUGUUUACUUUGCUCUCUCUGAAGCCUGCACACCUGUACAGCCGAUCAGAGCGCUGCAGGUGGAAGAGCACAUGCAUAUGUUGUGUGUGCAAAUAGUGCAAAAAUAAAGGGGCUUACUGACAACGGAGAAAGGCACUUAAUUUUUUUUUUUUUUUAGGAGAGCUUAGACUCAGACUGAGAUGAGUGUUUGGAUGGGAAUCUCUCAAAACUAGCUAAAUCACAUGGCAGGCUUGACUCUGUCUGUAGAAAACUGCAGCACAGAUCCUGAUUAAAAGGAUCAGGCUGACCAGCAUCUAUUGUAGAUAAUCUACUUCCUAGUGGCAUGUAACUCAUACAACCAAAUUCAAACAUACUGAACUGUCUCUUUAAGACUUAUAUCAGGCCCUGCCAUCAGUAGAGUUCGAGGUUCUAACUUCUGCUCCACUUUCUCCCCUCACAGCACCAUCACAGUCUUGUGGAAACUACUGUUGUUGA